AUGGCCUUCAUGAAAUUUAUUGCAAAAUCUUGUGAGGUAGCUGGCUAUGUUAUACAAACCGUAUGCGUUGCCCAUUGUACUUUUAACCAUGUUGGAGAUUUUGUUGUGUGUUCUGGUCCAUCGAUGGAGCCAACAUUAGAAUCAAACAACAUUCUAUUUACUGAACAUAUAACACCUAGGUUUCAAAGACUACGAAGAGGAGACAUUGUCAUAGCCAAAAGUCCCUCAAAUCCUAAACAAAAUAUCUGUAAGAGGAUAAAAGCUCUUCCUGGUGACCGUGUCAGAGUCCAAUUCCCAAAACGUAGUCAAAUUGUGCCCAGGGGACAUGUGUGGUUAGAGGGGGAUAACUCAAGUAAUUCUGCAGAUUCCAGACUAUAUGGACCUGUUCCAGAAGGUUUAAUUAAAAGUAGAGUUGUAUGUAGAGUUUGGCCAUUAGAUAAAAUUUCGUCACUGACUCAAUAUUAG